AACCCAACUCUCUCUCUCUACAAACCGACCUCACGUUCUUUCUCUAAUACUCUUCGGUCUCUAUCCUUCUGAGUUUGCAAACCCUCGUUUCUCCUCUUUCUCAGUUGCAGAAAGUCUUCAAGUACCAAACCAGAGCCAUGGCUCGAGUGAUUGGGCUCGCCAUGUUUGUAUCCAUGACUCUCCUGAUCCUUCUGUCAUUUGAAUUGGAUGCUCAGGCUGAGGCCGAGGUCUCGAGCAUGGGCUCGUCCAUGGACGCGCUCGAAUGGGGCCUUUCGAGCUACAAUGGCGACGAAAUGAGUUCUGGUUUUGAUGAAGUAGGAGAAGAAGGAGAAUGGGCUCGAAGGUCUCUUUAUUGGAGGAUAGUCCAUUACUAUAUCAGCUAUGGUGCUCUUUCAGCUAACAGGAUCCCUUGUCCUCCAAGGUCUGGAAGGUCUUAUUAUACCCACAACUGUUACAAGGCCAGGGGCCCUGUUAGGCCUUAUCACAGGGGUUGCAAUGCCAUUACAGGAUGUAGCAGGGACGUCUCUUAGUCUUUUCAUUUUUUCCACCUCUCUCUCUCUCUCUCUAGAUGCUGCAUUGUGGCUUGAUGUUCUCUCUCUUACCCACCACCUGCAUUCAUAGGUUUAAUUUCUUUAUUUUCUGCAUUUUUUUUUCAAUCUCUUUUUCUCUGCAAAUCCAUGGUUUUACUCUGUGCCCCUCUCUCUUGCAUCAUGGGUUUAUCUUUCAGAUAAACCUCUAUUACAUUCUCUCUCUAAUACUGAACGAUCUAAUGUGUUAUGAGAAUGCCCUUUAUUUAUUUCAGGCUUUCAUUUGAUGGGUUAGCUGGGUUCGAACCCAUUAUCUUAAGGUUGCAGCAUUGAGUGGGCUGCUGUUGAGCUGUGGGCUUGAAACUUGUAUUGCUUAUAUUUAUUUGAUAAAAUAAAUGAUUGUCUGCAUUGUAGUGUUUCCGGAUAGAGGAAGCCCAUGUGGUUCUCUUUCAUCUUAUGAAUGUGAGAUUUAUUUUCCUGGCA